AUGCGGAUGCAGAUUGCACUUUCCCAUCCCUACCCUAACUCACCUCACCUCCCCAAAUAUUCUCCUCAAUUUUGGUUCCCAGUUACAAUUUUUCAAGAACCAUGUCUUUCUGUGGGGGCUGGUAUAAUUACCUUCUUUGAUUUAUCUAUUAAUCUCGUACUGGUAGCAUCGUUUGGGGAGAAGAAGGAGCUGAAGGAGGCCCUGGAUGCAGACAUACAGGACAGAAUUAUGAAGGAAAGGGAGAUGCAGAGUUACAUUGAGGAGCGUGAACGCGAAGUUGCUGAGCGCGAAGCAGCCUGGAAGGCUGAACUCUCUCGCCGUGAGGGUGAGAUUGCUAGGCAAGAAGCACGUCUAAAGAUUGAAAGAGAGAAUCUCGAGAAAGAGAAAAGUGUGCUUAUGGGAACCGCUUCAAAUCAAGAUAAUCAAGAUGGAGCUCUUGAAAUAACAGUAAGCGGUGAGAAGUAUCGUUGCCUUAGGUUCGCAAAGGCGAAGAAAUGA